AUGUACGCUAAGUUAUUAAUCGUAUGCUGCGCGUGCGCCGUGGCGGCGGCGGCGCCCGGGCUCCUGGACUACGGCUACGCGGCGCCCGCGCUCUCGCACUCGGUGGUGUCCGCGCCCGUGGCUGUCGCCGCGCCGGUGUACAAGACCUACGCGGCGCCGGUAGUCAAGGCCGUUGCUGCUCCGGUAGUACGCGCUGAACCUAUCGACCCCAACCCUGCGUACAGCUACGCGUACGGCGUGCAAGACCCUCACACCGGCGACCACAAGGACGCGCAGGAGACCCUACAGAACGGAGUCGUCCACGGCUCCUACAGCCUGGUGGAGCCGGACGGCCACCUGAGGAAGGUCACCUACACCGCUGACAAGAUCAACGGUUUCAACGCCGUCGUCGAAAGGACCGGUGGCACUCACGCGGCGCCCGUAGCGAUAGCGGCGCCCGCCCACGUGGUGGCCGCGCCCGCACCCAUCGCCAUCGCAGCCCACGCGCCCAUCUCCCUCGGCCACGGCUGGCGCUAGUCACUCCCUCUAACAUACUUCACUUGAUGCACCGCUGACGGAGAAACGGCUGGAAAGGACUCUUGACUUCAACGCGAACUUCAGACAAUGCUAGUUGGGUUAGCAGACGAUUCACACCAUAUCAAUUGUUGGCGACUUCUGGCAUUGGACUUUAGUGCAGCGAAGCAAAAGCAAUGGGCUGAUAAGACC